AUGGCACCAACUUGCUGCGUCAACAACAAGUCGAUGCCGGCGUCGACGUCGAGGUGUCCGAAUCGCUGCGGACACGUCACCGUCAUUCUUGGACCCAUGUUCAGCGGCAAAACGUCGGUUAUCAGUUGUAGUGAAAGGAAAAUGAUAUUUUUACAUUGUAAGGGUAGAAGUCAGUUUCUAAUUCUAAUUUCUGUUUCAGUUUCACUUUUAUUAGAACUCAUCAACUUUUUUCUUAUUGUUAAUCUCAAUAUCCUUGUUAUUUCUCUGGUCAGAUGUUGCAAUUUUGCUUUUGAUGUAGUAUUGGUCGUCAGAGUUUCAUUUUGAACCGGAAGACAGAGAAAGGAAAAUCUUCUUUUUUAUUAGAAAGCAAAAAUUACCAUCUUGACUUUUUGAAAGUUAAAGCUGGUGUCGAGAGUUUUUUGUCAAGGAAGGUCAUUUCGUCUUGACCUGCACAACUUUCUAAUUUUCGAGAACUAAAAAUUAAAAUCCCAAAAAGCCCUUUUCAACCGAUUUUUAGAUAUUAUUUUUCAAAAAGUAGGGGGUUCGCAGGUUGAAACUUCCAGGAUCUCAAUAUGAUACAUCAAGGAAUAUUUUGCCAAAUUUUCAAAAAUUUUUUUAUUUAGAGAAAUUCUUCGCUCAUCUUGUCAGAGCCAUCUCUUUUCAGAACAGAAUUGCUCCGCCUUCAUGACCGUCAGGUUUUGGCUCGUCGCGGAUGCAUUUUGGUGAAGUACGCGGGAGACACUCGGUACGACGAACACAUGAUCGCGACUCAUUCCUCGUAAACUCCGAAAACUCCAAAAGAAUUUUGAAAUAAAAAGUUCAGCCUUCUGGGAAAAGGCGAGACAGUCAAAGCGCAUCGACUGUCGGAAAUUCGGGACAUUCUGUUCAGAGACGCCGUGCAAGUCGUUUCCAUCGAUGAAGGACAGUUUGUGGGUUGAAAAAAGCUUCAAUCGAGAGGAACUUAUCUUUUUCAGUUCGAUGACCUGGCUGAAACGGUCGAAGAACUCGCCCAACGCAACAAAGUCGUUUGUGUUGCGGCUUUGAGUGGGACUUUUGAACGAAAGGUCUAGAAGAAAUAUUAAUGGGCAGAUCAUUUUCGAAAGCCACCCCUCCCAAACUCUUCCAAAAUGAAUUUAGCACUACAUCCUGAACCUAAAAACUUUUGUCCGCACCUUCUCUCUGAGGUUUAAAAUCAUUUUAUGCCUGAUUUUGAAAAACUUUUUGUUAGUUAUCCUUAUCUCCUGGACUAAAUGAGUUUUCCCAGUUAUAAUUAAAAACAGGAGUGAAGAAUUAUUUUCAAAUUUUCAGCCGUUCCCACAAGUCUCUCUUCUAUUGUCGUACGCCAACGAGAUCAAGCAGGUCACAGCCGUCUGUGACGACUGUGGAGCGUCGGCUCCUUUUACCUUCCGAUCAACGAUGGACAAGAAGGUUUGCUCAUCAUUCCAAGGAUAUUUCAGAGAUCCUAGUUUGACGUUUUAUAUCAAAUAAGUACCCAAAACACUGGUCAACAGCUUUUUGAAACAUGGUCCAAGCUCUUCUCAUAAAAGCUUUCUUUUUCAUUGAAAUCUCUACCUUAUGACUACCUAUGCACUUGAGAGACUUUUGAGGUUACAGUAAAACAAAUGUCUAGUCCGACCCGAGAAAAAGGCGGGAGUUGGUGGCGGUACAUCGACGGCUACUUAAAUGUACCGCUUUGUCCGCGGUGGACUCGCCUUCCUCACUCGAAAAAAAAAUUUAAGAGUUUCCAAGAAAAAUGCGAGUCCGACGCGGCGGCAAAGCAGCGAGGGCUUCAUGUACGCACUUGACCUCGCCUUUUCUCUCGGAAGUUAUACUCAGCGUAGUUCGAAAGCCGCUAUCAUGCAGGUGGAAGUGAUCGGAGGAUCGGACACCUACAAGCCGUUGUGCCGCGAGUGCUACAACUCGGAAAGCAACCGACGCGACGCGGUCGAACUGCGACACGAGGCAUCGGCCUCCAGGGAGAAUCUCGCGAUUGGCGACGUCGAGAAACGCGUCGCCGCCGUCGACGACAAGGAAGACGAGGUUCCUCGAAAAAUCAUCGUCCUCAACUCCCCCGCCACUUAUUGA